AUAAAGAAUCAUAAAUCAAGAAAAUAAAGAAAAAAAUAGAAGAAACGUGAGAAAAAUCUGACGCACAGACGUACCUCGGUAAAUGUCAUGGAAACAGAACCCUGACCCAGACCGAGCCUAUAAAAGCUCUGAGCACCAUUCUCAUCUCUCUCUUUGCACCUGGACACUGACCUGAGUUGACCUACUGCAAUAAACACAAACUGUGACGCUAACCUUUGGAAAGCUAAGUCUUGGAGAAUUCAACUACUACUACUACUGGAAGACAACUAAACACAACUUUUGGACUUACGCACUCAUCGAACCACCAAGGACAACCCACCACCCUGACCAUGACCGACAGCAGGCCGCUGCCCACCGGGGAGCCUCUUCUGGCUGGAGUCGCCCAUGAGGUGGACGACCACCAUGCAGAAGGCAUUCAACCUCCCACAGAAGAUGGCCCCCGUGAAGUGGACUACGAUCUCCCAAUCGUCAUCUCUUCAGAUGAAGAGGAGGACAGUGUGGUUAUUGUUAUUGAGGAUGGAGAUGAUGAGGAAGAUUACCGCAGUGACGAGGAGGAGGAGUCUGAGGAGGAACACUGGACCAGUGAGGAUUCUGGUUAUGACACCCUAUCUGAGGAGGAGGAAGACUUAGAAGACGACGAUGUCAACAUCGGACGUCUCUCUCCUCUCAUCCAGGAAUUCCCCCCAGAAGAGUUCUGGCAUGGCUGGCGACAAGAGUUUUCUCCCUUUCCUGCUGAUGUUGCCCACCCACACGUUCCUGACGAGCGACUGCCCCCGGUGCUUCCCCUUGCUGGUCCCUGCAGCUCUGUUGCCGAACCCUCAAGACCUGAAGACCCUGCUGCCUCAACAUCAGGCCACAGCUCCUCUACAAAGAGAAGCAGGGAGGAGAGCCACAGCGAGCAGGUGAAGCUGGCUAUACCAGAUAAAGUUGUUACAGGUGGAGCAGUGGAGGCUGGAGCACUUCCCCCAAGACCGAGACCCGACUUCCAGACCAGACAGAAGGAUGGAUGACCACAGGACCAGCUGGUGAAGAGUGGUGGCCCUUGUCUCAGUGGGCUCACACCAAAGGGGUUCACUGAACCAUUGUCAGCACCAUACUCACUGCCAGUCAACAAACAGUAUCUGCAGAGCCAGUGAGUCAAGAACCAACCCUCCAGCCACCGAUCCAGAGGCUGAGGAGCAUCUUGCCUUCCCGCACAGAGGAAAUUUUCACUUUCUGCUUCUUCUGUGCUGGUGGGUUUGGGAUGCUCUUCACACACACACACACACGCACGCACGCACGCACGCACGCACGCACACACACACGCAGACACGCACACACGCAGACACGCAGGAAACUCAUCAUCUGCCUCCCUGUGUACAGAAGUCAAGACAGUCAAGAAAGACUUUGUCACAUUUUAUAUAGCACAUGGAUGUAAACACAGUUGUACCAUGUAAUUAAUGUAAACCUUUCAGAAUUGUAUAAUCUUUCAUGUAUUAUGCAGAAAUAAAUAUUGUGAAUAUUGUAA